AUGAAACCGAGAUCUUGCGUAGACCACCUAAAGAAUGGAGCAGACAAAUGUGGCUACUACAAGAUUUACGAUGCUUCAGGGAAUGGAUUCACCGUGUUCUGUGACAUGGAAAAAGAACCUGGGGCGGCCUGGACACUUGUCAUGUCUUGGAGUCUGAAAAACAAGCUCUUCUCAAACUUUAGGUACUGUUUUGAAUGGAUUAACCCUUUGUCGUCCUCCAGUUUUUAGGGAAAAACGCUUUUUGGACUAAAUCCUCCUUAUUGGAUCGUUUUUGCCCAGUUAGCACAUGAAUGGCUCUAAUGAAGCAGCUUUUUUGUUUUUUUUUCUCAUGCGCAUAAACCAAACUUGGACUUCUUAUCUAUUUCGAUUAAACCCUGCGAGCACAGGUUUCUCUCUGAUCUUGUUUGUCGCGUCGUUACGAACUACGCGAACGUCAAGCCACGCGAAUGAUUUCGUAAAAGCGAAAAGCCAAAAGCCAUACAAGCGAGAAAACUCUGCUCGCAAGGUAGUUUCGAUUGUUUUCUCGCUUUCUUCUUUUUCCUUCUUCUUUUCUUUUUACAGCCAGUUAUGUCGCCCACCUUAAAAUUUUGGCUGGCUUUCUUUCCAACAAAGGGAUAUAUAUAUGCCAAUAGCCAUGAUGGCUCUCGAUAUGCAAAUUUAACUGUAAAGAGUAGACUGUAGGUAAAUAGUAAAUAAUGAUAAUUGCUGCGGAGCGACCGUAGGGAGCGAGCAGCAACAUAAUCAGGAUUUAAGGGAAAUAUAUAAGGGGCGACGAAUUCUCGAAUUCAUCACUUUUUACCACAAUGCAUUGCAUUUAACCACACUUUUUACCACAAUGCAUUGCAUUUAACCAGAGUGCAUUGCGCCACGAACAAGUCAAAUAAAAACACGGGGAAGUUCGCAUCGUUCGCUGCCCAGACUCAGAGUUUUCUUUGUAGCAAAUUUUCUACAGCACGGUUAGAGGUCUUACCAAAUUUAAGACACGCAGGAGUCUUUCAGAUGAGUACGAUGGUUAACUUGGGGAUUGGAUUUCAAUUCAAGAGCCUUUGACUCGUCCAGGUGUUAAACCUGACGAGAAGAUGAGUAUUUGCUCUUCGACUCCGCAACACGGGGGAUGUACAAAUUCCAGCUUGCUAGAAGGUGAUGUGAAAGUGAGAAAAUGUCAUGCCAUGCUAUUCUUAAGAACCUGUAUGAGCCGAAAAUGGAUGUGAUUUUGACCAUUCGCUUCAAAAUAACAGCGGAAAUCGAGAUAACAAAACAUAUGUUUUGUGUCCUACUUUGCAGACGAGGACGUGUAUCGGCGUUUUGAAAAGCAUAAUUAUGUUCUUUCAUUCAUUCAUUGCCAUGGAAGAUGCGUUUACAUUGUUUUUUCACUGUUAAUAGCUCGGUUAAUGCGGCCGGCGAUCAUCUUGCCGGCGGAAGUUUCAUGGAAAAGGAAUAAAAUGAAAGACUUUUACUACAGAUUACGUAAUCAGCCUCUGUGCUGUAGUGGUUAGGUGUAGUCGCUUCGAGUCGAAGGUGCCGGGUUCGAGUCCUACCGUCUCAGUCUCACUGCCUAACUAAUGCCAUUAUCAACAGAAUGUGCCGCAGCAUUACUAUCUUUUAGAUACCCUAGUUUAAAACUUAUAUUGCGCAGUUCCAUAACGAGAUGAUUAACUGCGCAAUACAACAUAACAUAGAAUAAAAAUAACCAAAUGAUAAAUAAGAAUUACAUCAUGUGUUGUGUAUAAUAUUAAAAAACCCAACUAAAAAUAGAAAGUCUUACUAAAAGGUACGUCUUGAAACGUUUUGCUAAAAAAUAAAUAAAAAUUGUAUGGGGGUUAGGGUUGGAUUUUUGCCAAAAUGUUGCUUGUUUUUUUGGUCUAACUCUGUCAGAAUUGGUCAAAAUUUGCUAAUCAGUCGAGGUAUCAGUGGUAACAUUUAUCCUCGCUGAUUUUGCAUGUUACCCUAAUCUCUUAAAUAGAAACCUUAAUGGAUUCAGGAAGAAUAAUACGCAUAGGUCCAUAUGAACCAAAAACGACCAAAGUGGACUUCAAAGGCUUAAAGUCAAUAAGUUUAUCUUAAAGACUUUAACUAAUUCCCUGACUACAUUUUUCAUUCCCUUGUUACUAACUACCAAAUCGUGCUGAGUACCUUGUAGCGCACCUUUAAAUCUGCAGUCUUGUUAACUCCUUGUUCAGAUCCAUUAAUACGCAGGUUUUUUGCCUUUUGCCUUAAUUUGUGAUUUAGUUACUUAGUUUAAUUUUUUUCGCCCUAAAAAUGUUUGCCUUAUGAAAGGGAAUCCAGAUUUCGGAAUCCGGGAAAAUUUUACCUGCUGCAUCCGGAAUUCUGGGCUUUGGAAUCCAGAAUACAGCUCAGGGAAUCUGGAAAUCCACUAACGAUAAAUAUCCAGAAUCCAACUUCCACUGACGAAGACUAGAAUCCACUACCUGGAAUCCGGAAUCCACUGGAUGGAAUUUAGAAUCCAAGACUGUUAAAGGCACUGAAAUCGUUGAGUCUACUGUCCCGCCCUCCACAAAAACAUCUCAGAGAGGGGACGCACCUUUGCAGUGAGAACAGCUAAGGAAUGAAAUAACUUACCCCGAAUCCCCGAAGACUUUGAAAUCCUUCAAGUCAGAACUAUGAAAACUGCUAUUAAAUUCCCAAAAGAUUAAGGGAUCUUUUGAAUUAAUGACAACAAAGACCGGAAGCCAUAUCUUGAGUGGACAAAUGCACCGUCCGUUAACACUAUCCUAGCAGCACGUCUCUGCAGGAGUGCCAAUUCUUCUUCAUUUCCUUUACCACAGCCAUGAAAAACAGCACAACAGUAUUCCAAAUUUGGUAGUAUCAUAUCAUCGAUGUAUACAAUCGGUUCGAUGCUUCAGUUGUUAAUUAUGAUCUAAUUCUUGAGAACAUGCCCAGUGUUUUAGAAACUUUCUUCUUCACAUAGUCAAUAUGCAAAUUAAAGGAAAGACUGUUGCUCAAAACUACGCCUAGGUACUUUUAAAAAGGCAUUGCAGUGUUUCACAGAUUCUCCUCCCAACGUUAUAUGAACCCCAUCGAUGUCUUGGCGACAUAGUCUCUGGUGGGUGCCAAAAAUAGUAACCUAUCGCUAGUUUUUUUUCAUUUCAUCGUAUUUUUAAUUUAUUUUAGAGGGCUACAAGUUUAUCAGUAAUUUUAAUUGCUGUCACGUGUAACCCUCGUAAAAUAAAGUCGCUUAUCUUAUCUUAUCGUAUUCCGACAGACAAACUCCCAUGUCAAUCAACGACCCAGUGAACGAAAACUCGCCUAACUGGUUCCUCUACCGGCUAACAAUGGACAGAAUGAAGUCACUAAGGGACGUGUCCACCCACUGGCGAGCCACCUGCAGUUAUGACAAGUACGGUAUCAAUAACUACAAAGAUUACAUCCGUGGAAAGUUUUCGGAGGCCGACAUCUUUGCCUUCCUUGGUCAAGGUGUUUGCCUUAAGACCGAGCUUGUCAACAUUCGUGGUCACACUGGAAUACACAAGACUGCCAGGUUCUGGCAGGUUACUGGUAGUCACACUCUUCAUAUGGACAGUUCUUUAACAGGUUGCCAGUUUGAUCCCACCGUUGGGGCAGUGAGCAGUGAGGACAACUUUGGUUAUUACGGCACUACAAACCCCAAGUUUACUUGUACAAUGAAUAGCGACUCUACCACGCAGUGGUGGUUCGGUAGCUAUCAGUAG